AUGAGGCGUGGGGGCGGGGCCUGCGUCGAGGGCGGGGCCUGCUGCGUCCGGUAUCCUAGCAACGGUCCUAGAGGGCUGUUGAGCCGCCUGGACCCCGCGGCUCCCGAAAUGGAGCCAGAAGUGUGGGGCGCAAGCAAGCCCUUUACCAUAGAAGGCGACCACCUGAUUCCAGACCUGGACCUGUAUGAUGCCGACAUCUACGGCGUCCCGGACCCGGGACUGCUCAACGAAGAGGAUGAGUCAUCGUUUAAGGAGGCGGCCCCACGGCUUUUUACCAGCAACUCUCGGUGGCAGAAUGCGACCCCGAGCGCCCGUGCCCGCCAGCUGUGGCUGCUCCUGCGUACAGGCCUCCAGACUUUGGUGGAAAAGGAAAAGAGAGCCGAGCUGCACGUGGCGCGCUUGACGCACGGGCUAGAGCUGCUGCGUCGCCUGGAGGUGGCAGCCGGGCUGUGUUCGGUGGCACAGGACCCCAUGGGCAGACGCUUCGUGGUGCUGGACGGUGCCGGCCGCCUGCACCUGCGCAGAGAGGAUGGCUGGGCACAAGAGAAGCUGCUAGCUCCGGUCGCGCUUACAGGGCUGGUGGCAGUGCCGGGCGAGCUGGGCACUGUGGGCCGCUUUGUAGGCUGGGGCCCAGCGGGGUUGGCCAUAUUAAGGUCCGACCUCAGCCUGCUGUGGCAGAGUAAGCCAGUGGAGCGCAGGGUGCCGGGCCGCGAGCCAGUCUGCUGCCUGCCGGUGCCCGACGCCGGGCUGCUGCUGGUGGCGGAGGCGGGCAGAAGCCUGGUGCUCUGGAAGUUCCGUGCAGGGGGUCGCUGCCUGGUUCCCCGUGGGUCCCCUCUGUGGCUGCCGCCAAACCUCUCGGGUGCGCUUGCGCGUCUGGCUCUCGGGCCUCAGCAUCCCCCUCACGUCCCACGCUGCUGCGCAGCCUACGGCUCAGCCGUGCUCACCUUUGAUCUGCACACCUGGGCUGUCACAGAUGUGCGUCGGGAUCUGCACAAAACCACCAUCUCCGACCUGGUGUACUGUAGAGAGGUGGGGGCCAUGGUGACAGCUUCCCGGGACAGCACGGUGAAGGUGUGGGAGGCUGACUGGCAGAUCCGGAUGGUGUUCGUGGGACACACAGGCCCGGUGACUGCGGUGGCCGUGCUCCCGAACACGGCCCUUGUGCUGUCGGCUUCUCAAGACGGGACGCUGCGCACGUGGGACCUGCAGGCAGCGGCGCAGGUGGGUGAGGUGGCGCCGAGCCGCCGGGGCCCGAGCGUGCCGUCGGAGACCGUGAGGCAUCUGCUGGCUCCCGCCGGCCCCGGCUGGCCCUUGCUCGCCUUGCGCGCCCGCAGCGUGGAGCUGUGGCGCGUGCGGGAGCUCUACUCGCCAUUGGCCCAGCUGUCGGCGCCGGUGCUCCACCUGCAGGUGGCGCCGGCGCUGCCCUCGCCCAUGGCCCCGCAAGCGCAGCUGCCCACGCGCCUCGUGUGCGCCUGCGCCGACGGCUCGGUCUACCUGGUGUCGGUCUCCAGCGGACGCACCGUGAGCGCGCUUCUGCUGGAGCCUGAGGACUGCGCGGCCGCCGUGGCCUACUGCCUGCCCCGCGAGGUGCUGUGGCUGAUGACGCGCGCCGGGCACCUGCUGUGUGCCAACGCAGCACGCUGUCCCAUGCGCGUGCUGCACCGCCUGUGCCCGCCGCCGCCCCCGGCGCCCCGGCCUUGCUGCCUGCACCUCUACAGCCACCUCACGGACCCCGGGAGCGCGUUUGCCGCCUGGGAGAUAGUGCGCCAGUACAAGGGCGAGCUGUGCCGCAGUGACGUGGCCGGGGCCUGGAAGGACAAGAACCGGUACCUGCUCGUGGUGGGGCACACUGAUGGCACCCUGUCCGUACUUGAGUUGCGCUCCUCGAAGACGGUCUUCCGUACGGAGGCGCACGGCCCAGGCCCCGUCACCGCCAUUGCGUCCACCUGGAACAGCAUCGUGUCCUCCGGGGGAGACUUGACCGUGAAGAUGUGGCGCGUCUUCCCGUAUGCCGAGGAGAGCCUGAGCCUCGUGCGCACCUUCUCCUGCUGCCGCCCGGCGCUGGUGCUCUGCGCCCUCGGGAAUCGCAUCACCGUGGGCUUCGAGGACGUGAACAGCGCCACCUAUGGCUUGGUGCAGUUUGGCCUGGGCAACAGCCCUCGCUUUGAUCACCGGCCCCAGGACGACCCCACGGACCACAUCACCGGCCUGUGCUGCUGUCCCACACUCAAGCUGUACGCCUGCUCCAGCCUGGACGGCACCAUCCGCAUCUGGACCGCGGAGAACCGCCUGCUGCGGCUCCUGCAGCUGAACGGUGCCCCUCAGGCCCUGAGCUUCUGCAGUAACAGUGGGGACCUGGUGCUGGCCCUGGGCUCCUGCCUCUGCCUGGUGGCCCACAGGCUCUACCUGCCCACAUCUUACCUGAUUAAGAAGCUGUGCCAGGAUGUCCCUGAUGUGGUGGAUGACCCUCCACUGCCGCUGACCAGCCAGGAGUCGCUGACCUCAGCCCAGCUGCAGAGGCUCGCCAGCCUGCGCGGGGUGGCCAGCCUCAGGUCUGCCGGCAGGCCCAACCGAGCCGUCCCGGAGGCCCCGACCUGGCUCCCCUGGGUCAGGGCCUGGCCGAGUGCUCCCAACCUGACACCCCAGGGCUCCCAGGCCCCUUGGCACCCACCGCAAGCCCGUCCCAGUGCCGGCCUUCCCACUCCUGGCUGUUUGUGGUUCCCCGCCAGGGGCCUGGCCACCACCCCUGGGUCCCUGGCCCAGCCUCUGCCCUAUCCCACUGGUAUGCCACCCAGUGUCCCACCUGUGUCCUUCCCUGUCUGCAGCGCAGCCUCGUCUUUCAUCCACUGCCCGACGGCCACGCCUCAGCAGCCAGUGUUGGAGAAGGACUUGGAAGCCUUCAUUGCCCGGGACCAAGACCUUCAGCAGCUGAAACUGGGGCUGGUGGGCCCUGCAGCCCGGCCCUCACCCUCCUGGCAGCAGUGCCAGGAGGCCUUUGAUAACUACCUCCGUCUGAUUUAUGGCCCUGGUCUGCUGGUGAGUGUGGGGCCUCCCCAGUCCCUCCCUUCACCCGGAGCCUCUGACACUGCCCGUCUGCCCUGCCCUCCCUGUCAGGGCAGGUAUUCCGGAGGAGAGUCCCAGCAGUGGAGCACCGUGACCCUCACAGUGGAGAGACAGACCUGGGACGUGUGCGCCCUGCCCAGAGACGUCCCCGAUCUCGGGGGCGUUGAAGCCUCGCCACCACAGGAUCUUGGGACCCUGGGCCAGCGCUUUGCCCGACCACCCCAAGUCCCCUUGCCUCCCCCCACCACCCACCGGAGGUUGCACAGCAGAGCACCCCAGCUGCUGGCCCGCUCCUCCCCGAGCCACGAACUGGGCCUUAGUCUGCAACUGCAGCUGCAGUUGGAGCGGCUCCACGGGGAGAAGCCUGUGGCCCCGGAUCCACUGUCCUCCCACCUGCAGCGCAGGAUCCCCCUGCUGCUGAAGAGGCGGCCCCAGGAGCAUCUCUCCAACCCCAGGGGCUUCUUCCCUGCCGCUGUUCAGCCCUAUGAGUACUGGCGGCGGCCCAUCCGCUUCCCGGGCUGCGUGCCCAACUCGGUGGUGCUGCAGCAGAUGUGGCUGCCUGUGGAGGUCAGCGGCCUCGGAGCCCUGGGCCCGCGCCGCUGCGAGAGCAAGGCAAGGGGCGGGGCGAGGCGGGGCGGGGUCUGCAGGGGGCGGGGCCGGAUCCCUGCCGCGCCCGUGGCCACGCCUCGCUCUCCACUUCGCAGCCUGGAGGGAGCCGGGACGACCCGUGGCUGCCGCGGCAGGAGAACUCUCCGACCAGCUGCCGGAAGCCCCGAGGGUCGCAUCCCGAAGCCCAUGGGCUCCCGCGAGGACACCGCCAGGGCCGAGACCUGUCUUCACUGCCCCCAGUUCCACUACGGGCACUCGCUCUGGGAAGAGCGCUGCGGGCAUCUGCCUAGGUUCCUGCUUUUUUUCGUCGGCCAGAACUGGUUCAAAAAGCUCUUCCCCAUCUUCACUCUGCAGGCGUACCCCGAGGUGGGCACGGUGGAGGGCCUGGCCUCGCUGUUCAUGGACCUGCUGGACGAGGCCUCUUGGGCAGACCGUGUGCACAUCCUGCACGCGCUGCUGAGGCUGCUGCCCGACGUCAGCAGAGACCUCUAUAGCCGGCUGCACGGCAUCCUCGUGCGCUUGCUCAACCUGGACCAGCCCCCCAGCCUCCAGGACAGGAUGCAGAAGCAGUUUGUGAUGCUGGCGCUGCAGCUGCUCCGGGCCUGCUCCCUGGAGUCCCGCGAGGUGGUGCUGGAGCUCCUGUGCUACGUCCUUUACUCGCCAGCCUCCUGCUGGCCGGACCUCAGGAAGCUGCUGGAAGGACUCGGCCUUCAGGACCCGCACGGCCUCCUGUUCAAGGAGAUGAUGACCUGGGUCCAGGGCCCGGAGCGCGCCUCCAAGGCCGCACUGCGCAAGCGCUGCUGCCAGAAGCUGGAGGAGAUGGUCGGGCAGCUGAAGGAGACCCUGUCGCAGAUUUCCAUGGUCUCUGGGGCAACUGUUCAUAUCUCUGUGAUGCCCUCAAGCGUCUCCCGGACGCCCUCACCGGUGGUCUCACCCGGAGAGCCGGACUUGGCCGCCCUGGAGUUGCAGGCCCAGCAGACGCUUGCACAGAUGCGCUUUGGGCGGACCCAACGUGCACUGUCUGGGACACUGACGCACUUCUGCCCCUUGCCUGAGGCCCACUUGCGAUCCUCCGCGCCAGCUGCACCGCCUGAUGAGCCACUGCCUCUGGAGCAGACGACCUGGUCACAGUCAAAACUGCUGGACCUGGGGCCCAUCAACGCACUCAACUUCUUCUGCGAGCAGCGUGGGGCUCGGCAGCAGGACCCCCUGCAGGAGGAGCCCAAGACCCCGCCCCCUCGCCCGCCCCCACGGACGCCCAGCAUGGUGGUGCCACAGCCCCGGGAACGCCGGCACUACUCCAUCCUCCGGCUUCAGGAGGCCAAGGUCCAGAGGUCUCCAAUGAAACUGAGGGGCCGAAUGCUGUCCCGACUCUGGGCGGGCCGCACCCUGGAUGGUGCCGUCCGGAUGCUGAAGCUGCCACUGCCCCGGGUGGAACUGCAGCCUUUCCCCCCAGACUGGCCCAGGCCGGCCCAUCCGCUGCCCCCGCAGCUCCUGCAGCCUGCCCUGCAACGCUACUUUCUGCCAGAUGACACGGACCCUGACAGCUACAGCUGAGCUGGCUGGUGACCCUGGCCUGACCCUGCCUCCCCCUUUUCCCUCCAGCAUGGAGUCAGGACAUGGCUCUCCAGCCGGCUGUUCACCCCAGCCAAGGCCCAGGGCCCGAAUAAAGUCCAGAGGCCACAGCCAGCUCACUUUCACCUUUGGGGGCCCCUGAUGUGGGCGAGGGGGGGGUCUGGCUGGUGUGUCACGAACCUGCUGGUGGCCAGCUGCAUGUGUGAGGCAGGAGCUGGGGGACUGGUGGGGUCUGGGAUGGGACAGGGUCUGGGCUCGGGUCAGCACGUGGUAGAGCAGCGUUCUCGGUGCGGGAGGGCCUGUCUGCCCAGAGAGGGAACCUGCCGCACGGGCGUGGCCCUGCUCAGGCACUCAGCCACGGUGCUCAGGAGGGGAGGGGGAGACUAACGGGUGGGCCGGGGAGAGGGGAGGGUCUGGGUGGUCGCAGGUGUGUGUGGGGGAGCUUGCAGUCAUUUGAUGCAGGUGAAACCAGGAGUCGGUCGGAGCUUUGCUACCUUUAGGCUGGAAAGGAGAAAAAUUAAUGAAGAGGCCCCGUCUGCUUUAUCCGAGAAGCAGUAAAGGGGCAGUGUUCUCUGGACCUUUCAACCUAAAAGUCACCAGGAGAUUCACCUUGUCUGUGAAGCACGGGGUCUCGGGGCCUCGGCCUUCUUCUGAACUGCCGUGACCUCAAAGGGCACUGACCCAACCACACGUGGAGCCCACGUGCGCACUUACUAGGACGGCUUUUGUGACGGGCCUGUUCUAGCUUUCUGUAUCCUGCUGCUGGGUUGCCUGAGCAGCGAUCUCUUUCCUGUAUUUUCAGCCUCUGACUUUACACAUUUCUGCUCAAUGGCUUUGUGGUUAAAAUUGGUCUCCCACACCUUUCCCACAGCCCCUAACCUGCGCAGGGGCUCUUGUCACAGGGCUGCUGAGUGGGCCGCUCUUUCCUAGGCCAAGGAGGGCCAGCAGUGCCAGGUCCAGAUAACUGAAAAACUUGACGUUUUUAUAAAAGGAACUGUACCUGCUACAACAAGGACUGAGGCCCGUAGUAGUCUGCAUCUACUGGUGUUUCUAUGUUUCGAAUUACAGAAGCAAUAAAUGCUUUAAAAAAUACAGACAUGGGAAUUCCCUGGCAGUCCAGUGGUUAGGACUCUGCGCUUUCACUGCCGAGGACUCAGGUUCGAUCCCUGGCUGGGGAACUAAGAUUCCGCAAGCCACGCGGUGCAGCCAAAAAAAACCACCAACAUACAAACGUGAGAAAGUAGGGCAAGAGUUUAAACAGGUCCAAAUCCCCGCUAAUCGUGAAGGAAAACACUAAUAUAUUUAUUAAUACGUAUUAAUAUAUAACUUUUAAAAUUAGGAAAUAUAUUAAUGAAAACAUACCAUUAAGAGAGUAAAAAGUCAGGCCACAGAGUGGGAGAACAUAUUUGAAAUACAUGUAACUAAAAAUGGCUUGUCUCCAAAAUAUAUAAAGAAGUUCUACAAAUUAAUAAAAAAAAAUCACACAACCCAAUUAAAUGUACAAAAAGCUAGAAUGGGAUUCCCACGAUAGAUGUUAAAAUACCAAAUAUAUAUAUAGCAAACAUAAAUACAUAUUUUUUCCACUUCCUGACUGUGUGACGUUAAACAAGUUACCUGCGUUCUCUAAGCCUCAGUUUCCAAUCUACGAAAUGUGGAUAAUAAUGCUAUGACACCUCACAGGACUGCUGUGAGGAUUAAAUGAAUCGUUACAUCUAAAGAACUUAGGAACAGUGCUGAGCACAGCGUAGGUAGAUAGAAAACAAAGCCGGAACCCUUCCUCACAUCAUUUAUGAGAGUAAUUUUCAGAUGAAGAUUGUAAUGUAGAAAAUAAAACUAUAAAUAUAUCAGAAGGUAAUUUAGAAAAAUAAUUAACUUAGAACACUCAGAAAAGACAGAUAUAUUUGCUGAUUAAAAAAAAAAGUUAUGGCAAAGACAAAACUCAAAGCAGAUCAUACAUGUAAAUGUAAAAUUAUAAAAAUUUAGCCUUAGAAAACAGGCAAAAGAAACAAAACAGACAUUUCACCCAAGAGAAGAUGAAGAUGGCAAACGAGCACAUGAGAAGAUGCUCCACACACCAUCCAUUAGGGAAGUGUAAAUUAAGAAUGGCUCAGAUUUAAAAAGGGACGCCACCAGAUGCUGGAGAUGUGGAGCAGCUGGAUCUGUGUACGAUGCUGGCGGGAAUGUAAAAUGGUCCAGACGCUGGAAAGCAGUUUGGCAACUUCUUGAAAAGCAGGACUCAGCAAUCAUACUGCUGGGCAUUUAUCCCAGAGAAAUGAGGACUUACGUCCACACGAAACCAUACUAUGCACCACUGUUUACAGCAGCUUUAUUUGUAACAGCCCCAAACUGGCGAUGACACAAAGGUCCUCAACAGGUGAAUGGCUGGCCAAUCUGUGGCACAUCCACACCAUGGAAUACUUCUCAGCAAUAAAAAUAAAUUAUUAACGCAACAACCUGGAUGAAUCUCCAGAUAAUUACGCUGAGUGAAAAAAGCCAAUCUCAAAACAUUCCGUUUAGACAACGUUCCUGAGAUGACAAAAUUAUAGAGGUGAAGAACAGACUAGUGGUUGCCUGCGGUUAAGGACGGGCAGGAGAGGGCAGAGCAGGAGGGAGAUCUCUGUGGUGAUGAAGCUAUUCUCUAUUUUGACUGUGAUAUUGGUUACACGAAUCUACACAAGGGAUAAAGAGGCAUGGAAGGACUUCCCUGGUGGUCCAGUGGUAAAGAAUCCGCCUUACAAUGCGGGGAACGUGGGUUCGACCCCUGGUCAGGGAACUAAGAUCCCACACGCCCCAGGGCAGCUAAGCCCGUGCGCCACGACUACUGAGCUCGCGCGCCUCAACUAGAACCCGCGUGCCGCAAACUACAGAGCCCGUGCACCCUGGAGCCUGUGUGCCACAGCUAGAGAAGAGAAAACCGGCAUGCCACAACUAGAGAGAAGCCAGCACACCACAACGAACAGCCCGCAUGCC